UGUGGAGAGCUGGUCCAGCUGCAGCUGACUGAAGCCCAUCCGGACCUCCUGGAGAUUGGAAACAAUCAGGACGAAACCAAGAAACUUCUGGAAGAGCACGAUCAGCUUCUGGUCAAACUGAAGGCCUCAUUAUAGGUCCUGCUCUCCAGUGCUUCUCAUGCCAGCUGCUCUCUCAGGAACCCUCAGUGUGUGUUGAACCAGAGCUGCUAUUGUAUUGAAUAUGUAUUGCAGUUCUGAUCUGUCACUGAUGAGGCACUGCUUUGCAUUUGCAUAAGACGCAGAUUCAAUAUUCAAGUUACACAGUAAACAGCGUAGUAAGCACUGACAUCUUAUAGACUGAUGAACAAUAUAAAAUAAUCGCUAAUAUGACUGGCUAACAGAGCAACAGCAGCAGUACUGCAGGCUCACAACUUUACAUUCUUACAUAUUUACACAGUAUUAAGUAAAUGCUUUAUGGUAUGAAAUAGACAGGUUUAGAGAACACUUAAUCAAUAGGUAGUGGAUUUACAAUAGACUGCAUAAGGAAUAAAACAGUUAGGGGUGUGCUGUUAUAGAAAAAUAAUCAGUGAUGGGCUGGUGUGAUGUAACCCGACCCAAAGUGGAGUCACUUUUUCCACCCAGAAGUUGAUUAUUUUCCUAUAACAGCACAUCCUGAAGUGUUGUAUUCCUCUUAUACCACAGCAAUUUGCCAACACUUACAUUUUUUUUCUUAAUUAAAGAAUGAUGUCAUACUUUUAUGUGUGUAGAGUUAUAUUUAAUGUUGUGGAAAGUCUGCUAAACAAGUUAGUUCCUUUUGUCUCUUACAUUUUAGCAGCUAGAAACAGUCGAACACUUCACAGUUUCUCUUUUUUUCCUCUCUCUAUAAAUUAAUAUGACUAAAAAUGCAGCUUGUCACAACAGAAACAAUGAUGUCUUAAGACGAGUGCAUUAAUAUAAACCUGAGAUUUGCAGCUGCACCACUGUCAGUCCUGUUGUUAUAGAAAAUUAAUCAACACCUUCUGACUAAUUAUAAUUGCUGUGGUAUUAGACUUUAAUAAGAAUGCUGUAAUAAGAAAAUAAUCAACUUCGGGGUGGUAACAGUAACUCUGUGUUGCGUCAGGCCACAUCACACCAUCCUGUCGUUGAUUAUUCUCCUAUAACAGCACAUCCACAAGUGAUUUAUUCCACUGUGUCAGUAAUGAAAAAAAUAAGAACUUUUUUUUUACGUCUUUGUCAGUAGCGCCUUUAUUUAGACUGAAUGUUUACUUCCCGCUUGUUGCAUCUCAAAACACUGGUGUAUAAAUUAAUAUUUAUAUAUUUUCCAUUUGUUUGUGGAUGUGAAGUCAGAGAUUGUAGGGCUUAAAAAGAAAAAAAUAAGAAAAAUAGGAGGACUGAUUUCCAUUCUAACUCAUUUCUCAGUGCUGAAACUUCUUGGCACUGCCUUAGAUUUAUAUUUACAUAUUCAGCAAUACAAUUCCAGCACAGAAGAUUUUUGCUCUUGGGGCUGAACAGUGGCUUUUCUGGCACUUCUGAGAUUUGUCGCCUCGGUUUGUUGCAAUAUGAAACUGCGUGGCAGAGAAAUGAAGGAGGCGUGCGGGCACUGCUGGAGGAGGCGGAUAAGACGGCGGAGGAGAAGGAGGGUGAAGAGGACGUGUACGAGGCCAUGGCUCUGUCUCUUAGCGAGGCCUGGAAAAUGUUGGUGAGCCACCUGGAGAAACGGCGCUCACUCCUGCAGCUGGCCUGCCACUUCUACGACCAUGCCCUGGAGUUUGCCGUUAAGAUUGAUGAAGCAGAGGAGCUGCAGUGUGCUGGACUCAAGCUAAACGGUGACGUGUGUUUAACUGAGCUGAAGCACAAAUACAGCAGCCUGAAGAGAGGGCUGCUGGAGAAGUCCAUGCUGGCGCUGAAUAAAAGUUACGAGUUGUUGGAUUUCCUGAAGAGCUUCGAAGCUGAGGAGGCUCUGAGGUAUGGAGGCGGGGCACGUGGUGCUCGCAAGAGCUACAGGAAAGUGGAUGGACUGAUGGAGCUCCUGCAAGACCGACGCAGGGCAGUUGACCAGGGUAUGGCUCAACAAAUCCGCAAUCAGGAAGUGAAUAACAGGAUCGCUGAGUGGGAGAGACAGGAACAGGAAGUAACACGCUGGUUUAAGGAAAAUGCAGACCCGUUCUUGGAAAGGAAUCAGCUGGGCUCAUCCCUGUCUGAAAGUGAGGAGUUACUGCAAGAGCAUAAAGAAUUUGAACUCAAAGCCAAGCAAAGGACCCUUAUGGUUGAGCGACUUCUCCAGCAGGCAUCUGAGCUUCUUUCCUUAAGCGAUCAUGCGAAGCUUGACUCCAUCUCAGAGAAAAGUCAGAAUCUGCUCAAGACAAACGAGCAGUUCUGGGAUCUGAUGAUGUGCCGACUGGGACAGCUGCAUGAGAGCAACGGCUUCUUCAGCAGCGCUAAUAAAGCAUUUGAAAUCCUGGGAACCAUUGAGAGCACCAUAAAGGGUCUGAGGACUCAGACUGUGCCGUUGACCGAGCUGGCUAAGAAGCACGAAGAGCUGCAUCGUAGUGUUAAAGAUGCAGCUGCUGAACCUCUUCAACGAGGACAGCUCAUACUUCAGAAGCUCAGUCCACAGAGUGCCCAAGUAGGAGGUGUGCAAAGGAUGCUGAGAUACAUCAGAGAACGGGUGGAUGGGCUGAGCGAGCAGUGUCACGCCUAUAGGGAACUUGCUGGGAAGAAACAGCAAUUGCUGACCUCCUUUGAUGACCUGGAGGAAAAGAUCUACAGCUGGAUUAAGAGCAGUAAUGGUGUCUUAUCCAGUAGUACAGAGCCUGGUUCCUCACUCUCCGAGGCCGAGGAAGUGCUCAACAAACACCUGGCGCUAUCCACACAUACACAGCGUGUUGUGGCAGAGUCAGACGCCACUGAGGAAAUGAUUAAGGAACUGAGGAAGCUGGAGUCCUCUGAGGCAGUUGAGCUCUCCAACCGGGCCUCUGUGCUGAGAGAGCAGCUAAAGACACUGCAGAGGAACAUCUCCACAUGCCUGGAGAGCCUCAGGAGCUACGUUAGCUUUUUAUAUUCUGCCAAGGAGGUUGAAGAUUUGGUUAAGAGGUUGUUGGAUUGCUAUAAGAAAAGACCAGAAGCAGAGGAGGAAAAUGAGGAAACAGGCCCUGCCAUGAAGGAAGAAAUGGAUGCAAGAUGGCAGUUGUUCUUACAGAAGUUCCUCUCCAUGCAGGACCAGGGCAACAACUUUAUCAACUCCUCUACCAUGGUGAGCGAGACUCUGAGUCUGAAUGUCAAAGCAGCAGUUAAUGUUGUGGAAAAGACCACAGACAAUCUGAGCAGGAAGAAAGCCGAGCUCACAGACCUGUGGACGUCAUCGCAGCUCCAUUACAGUCAACUGAAGUCUGUGAAGAAGCAGUGGAAAAAAUUCAAGGAUCAACUUAAAAAGGUUGUGCAUGAACUGAAGGUCCUGGAGGGAAUUCUUGCUCCAGCAUCCAAAGUUGACCUGGGAAAUGAUCUUCAGAGUGUGUCUAAGCUGCAAGAGAGCUUCAGCUCCACCAAGCCACAGUUUCUGCAACUGAACGCAGAAGUAGAGUUCCUGCUUAAGACAUCGGAGUUGCUGUCGGUGAAAGGAAUCCCAAUGAAAGAGAAAAACGAGAGGGUCAGCGAGCUUCUCCUGGUGCACCAGCGUGUGAGGGAUAAAAUCCGCGAGUACGAGAGCGUUCUAAGCAUGGCCGUCAAAUUCCAUCAAGUUUAUCAAGAGCUGGAUACCCUGUUAAAGGCUGAGCUGCUGAAGGGAUCGAGUGACCCGACUCAGGCCAGGAUCCAGCUCAGCCAGCACCAGGAGCGACAGAACCACGUCCGGCACCUUUACAAACUGGCCAUCUCCCUGGCAGCUGAUAUCACCAGCACUGUCCAGCAACCGCAAACGUUGGUGUUCUCAGUUCAGGAGAAGAUGGAGCGGCUGCAUCAGAGCAGUGUGAUCUGGGCCGCUCAGGCCAGCCGGGCUGAGGAGAACCUGAUGAGCAACAUGCACUACUGUGCGUUUAAAGAGGAGAUCAGUGAGCUCAGAGAGUCCUUUAAAGACAUCAAGAAGAAAUUUAACAAUUUGAAGUUCAACUACAUGAAGAAAAAUGAGAAACUGAGAAACAUGAAGGCUGUAAAAAAUCAGAUCCAACAAAUUGACAUAUACUUAGAAAAGCUGCAGAUUUUGAAGAUGAAGCUACAGGCCUUUACGGUAUCGAGCAGCAGUGAGAAGCAUCUAAUUGGCAGCAGUCCCAGAGAGCUGGAGGAUUCCAUCAAUGAGCUACAGAGACAGGUGGGAGAUUUUGACAGGACAGUCGAGGACUACAGGCAGAACCUGGAACUCAACAUGAAGCUACAGCAAGCCAUGGAAGAGUAUGAGUUUUGGUGCGAGGAGGCGAGCUCCACCAUCGUGAGAGUGGGCAAAUACUCAUCCGAGUGCAAAACGAAGGAAGCCAUCAGCUGUCUGCAUAAGCAGUUUGAGAAGUUUGUCUGUCCCACAAUCCCACAGCAGGAGGAGCGAAUCAGGCAGAUCACAGAGCUGGCAGUGCGUCUGCAUGGUGCUGAAGAAGGGACGAGGUACAUGGAGAAAACUGUUAACAAGCACAAUGAAAUAGUGGAAUCAAUAAAGGAGUUGUCAAAUGGACUCAUAGACCUGGAAGCCAAAUUACAGGCUGAGUCUCUGAAAGCACAAUCUGCUGAAGAAAACAAGACCUAUGAUACCAUCGAAACUCCGGAGGCGAAAGAGACGGGCCACACUCCUGAGAUAAUGGGACCAGGUGGCACCAAAGAUGACCUGGUCACCAAGAAAGCAGAAACUAAGAAGCCACAGCUGUGCAAAUCACAAAGCCAAGACACAGUGGAACAGCCACGUCAAGUGCUCUCAGAGACACGCUGCUACACGCAGGAGGCUUAUUCAAAGAGCACUGUGCAGACCAUCACCAACAAGUCCACAGUGGAGAGGAAGGAGCAAACACACACCACCUUCUCGCACACACACAGGUACAGCGUGUCCAGUUCUCCUGUGGAGAAAGACAGGAAGGUCCGCACACUCCAGCAGAGCAAGAGGCCGUCUCAGGACACUCCUCCACCUGCUCGGUGCGAGUGCCAUACAGCAUCCAGCUGCUCAGAAUUCCAGAGGCCAGAGAAACAGACCGCAGGCCUCCGAGCUCACCAUGAGACAUUCCCGGGUGUUAGCUCCUCACACACUGCUGCAAACACACUACACACAGAGGCAAAGAGUGAAGUGCUGCUUCCAGGAGAAGAGGAACUUUUCUCCAGGGGUGCACUAGACUCUGGUUUCCAUCCAGAUUUCCAUCCUGACCACCUGAGUGACGAGUCACUAUCUAAUGAUGAGUAUGAGUGCACCUCACCAGAUGACAUCUCUCUCCCACCUUUAUCUGAAACCCCUGAGUCCAACAUGGUCCAGUCCGAGAACGACCUAGAUGACGGCUACUGCAUGAGCUCCCACAGCCUCCACACGAGCCAUUACAGCCAGCAGUGUCACUCCAGACAUGGUGAUCCACUCCAUUACCGUCCCGAGGAAAGCUUCCCGUCCCCUACAACAGGCCUGGCUAACCGAUUCAGAGCUGAAUCUUCCUCAUUUGUUCAUAGCCCACUUACUGUUCCCACCCCCACGCUGGUCUCUAGCACCAUCUCCAGCAUCUUAAAGAGCAGCAAGCCAAAAGGCCUUGCUGAGUGCCAGCAAACCGUUUACUCCAUGCAUGAGAGCCGGAUCGAGAUGCAGGAGUGUACGCAUGAACCCGCCUCAGCCCGACACUCUUCUGUUGCUCGGGUUGGUAACACGCAUGCUUCCCUUAAACCAUUAACCUCAGAAAAGGAGCCAGAGCUGUGCAGGCCCACGGCCAUCCGUGAGGAAAUAAAGCGCUCAAGCAGUGCCAGGGCCAUGGGGAACCUAGCAGGAGGGCACAGCCCUAACUUCUCCAAACACUUGUCUAAUGCCGUAGUAAUGGAGGGCUCUCCGGUGACCUUGGAAGUGGAAGUCACUGGAUUCCCUGAACCUGCUUUAACUUGGUUCAAGAACGGGCAGGAACUGCGCAGUGACGAGCGCAUGUCACUGUCCCAUAAAGAAGGCAAGCAUGUGUUGUUCAUUGAGAGAGCUACAGAAAGAGACUCGGGCCAGUAUUUGGUUCGUGCCUCAAGCUCAGCCGGCACAGUUUCCUCCAGCUCCGUGCUGCAGGUCAAAGGUAAUGGCUGCUCCGAGUUUGAUACCCUCAAACUGGACUGGCAAACCUGCUUCGGCACCCUGUGUGUCCUCCUGUGGCUCCUCUACCUGCUGGUGUUAUAACACAUACACAGACCCUGAAAACAUCACUCCCACUGCCUUCUGCUAAUCACCUGCACUUGGUUUAUGAUUUCAGUGUUUUGCACAAAACUGACCUCUAGAUGAAUAUAUUCAGGAGCAUGAAGGAUUUUUUGCUGUCACUUUAAAAGCUUAUCACUUGCUCACAAUCACUGGUAAUAAAUCUGACACUUGCUUAUAUGUUGAAUUUAUUUUUUUUAAUAUUCUUAUAUUAUAUUUGUUAAUAUUCUGUAAAUUCUAAUCAGUAUCAAUAGAUUUUGUUUCCCUAAGGGUAAGGUGUUUUAAAGAUAUAUAUGAUGACUUAUUUUAGAAUAUAUUCAUUGUUUUGUCAAUCCCAGACUAUUUUAUUUAUGUGAUCAGCUUCUUGUUCUUGAAAAAAGGUCAAAAGGUUUAAAAAAAAUGUUUUAAUAAAUGUUCUUCUGCCUCUA